GCAGAUUAACCCCUUUCAUCGACAGGAUCAUACAGCAACCAUGAUUUCUCUGGUCUUUGUUCUGCUCAUUGGAGCCGCUUGUGAGUCUAGUAAUGAUCAUAGAAAAAAUAACAGGACUGUGUUAUGACACUAACAUCACACAUUUGUUUCUUUGACGUUAUUAAGAAAUAUGUUAUUGUUGUUUUAUCAUAGUGCUAUGCUUUUCCAUCUCAAAAGGUGAGGUAAUAUAGCUAAGAAUGUGCCUGCUCUCUGUUUACAGUCGCCACGGAGGAUGACAAGAUCGUCGGAGGGUAUGAGUGCAAGGCCUACUCCCAGCCCCACCAGGUGUCUCUGAACGUUGGGUACCACUUCUGUGGUGGCUCCCUGGUCAACGAGAACUGGGUUGUGUCUGCUGCUCACUGCUACCAAUCGUAAGUAGCCUACCAUAUGAACUACUAGCAACAUAUUGAUUCAAAAACAACUAGCAACAAUUUGAUAAGCUUACCUUUUGCAAAACUAAAGGAGACAAGUGAACUCCACAUUCACAUGAACUGUCUCUCUUUCUCUUUCAGCCGUGUGGAGGUGCGUCUGGGCGAGCACAACAUCAAGGUGACUGAGGGUAGCGAGCAGUUCAUCUCUUCUUCCCGUGUGAUCCGUCACCCCAACUACAGCUCCUACAACAUCGACAAUGACAUCAUGCUGAUCAAGCUGAGCAAGCCCGCCACCCUCAACACCUACGUGCAGCCUGUUGCUCUGCCCAGUAGCUGUGCCCCCGCUGGCACCAUGUGCACCGUUUCUGGAUGGGGCAACACCAUGAGCUCCAGUGAGUACAGAACCUGGGUCAAAGGUUACAUGUGCCAGUUGGUUAUCUUCAUGGUGGCCGAGUGUGUAGAGGCAUGGAAAACGUAGGCCUACUGUUAAAAACACAACUUCAUUAUUUCUAACCAUAACUCCCUCCCUCCCUCUCUCCCUCCCUCCCUCUUUCUCCUUCUCCUUACAGCCGCUGACAAGAACAAGCUUCAGUGCCUGAACAUCCCCAUCCUGUCCUACAGUGACUGUAACAACUCCUACCCUGGCAUGAUCACCAACGCCAUGUUUUGUGCUGGAUACCUGGAGGGAGGCAAGGACUCUUGCCAGGUACUUACCACUCUGACCUCAAUUCAGUGGUACCACAAUGAUGACUUCAAAUUGACUUUUUAAAUUGAUUAGAAAUUGAUAAUGAAAUUGAUAUCCCUUACCUCCCUUCUUUCUCUCUCUCUCCCUCUCCCUCUCCCUUCCUCUCUCUCUCAAUCUCUCAAUCUUUCUCUCUCUUUCUCUCUCUCUCUCUUUAUCUAUCUCUAUCUAUCUCUCUCUCUCUCUCUCUCAGGGUGACUCCGGUGGCCCCGUGGUGUGCAACGGUGAGCUCCAGGGUGUUGUGUCCUGGGGUUACGGCUGUGCCGAGCCCGGUAACCCCGGUGUCUACGCCAAGGUAAGACAGAAAAACAGUUUUCCUUUUGUGUUUGAGGAACACAUCAACAUUCAUACAUCAUUGUGACAUCCCUUGGUUUCCUGAAAGAAAAAGGCAUUGAGUCUAUAAAACAUAGAUUGAUGGUUCUCAUGUUGCCUCCCAUUGAGUGUCCACUAAUGUCUCCCUUCUCCUUCUCUUCCUCCAGGUGUGCAUCUUCAACGACUGGCUGACCAGCACCAUGGCCACCUACUAAGUCUGAUCCUAGCUUCGAUCCUCCAGUACGGUCCCACAACUCUACCACAUCCUGGGCAGUUCAACAUCCACCUUAUGUACUGGAGAUUAAAUACUAAUGGCAAAUAAAGCAUUUAACAUAAUUUAAGUUUACUGUGUCUAUUUCCCAAGGUUAAAUAUAAAAAUGAAUAUACUGUAGAAGGUACUUCUUGCAUGCAUGCAGCAUAGAGCACAUAUUCAUGAAUGUAGUAGUGCAAUAUUUUUUUCUGUAUGUCAUCAAAGGAGUGUUGUUUGCAAGUGGAAUGUCUACAUUGUGUUGGUUUAAAAAUGCUGUAAUUAUAACAGCUUAAGCAGUUCUAAUGUACUAUAGGUAGUUUUAAGGCUUCAAUAAACUCU